AUGAUGGCCCUUGUUAUGGAACCUAUUAGCAAGUGGACGCCGAAGCAAGUAGUGGACUGGAUGAAAGGUCUUGACGACUGCCUACAGCAAUACAUUAAAAACUUUGAGAGAGAAAAGAUCAGUGGGGAGCAGUUGUUGCACAUCACCCAUCAGGAGCUGGAAGAAUUGGGAGUCACUCGGAUUGGCCAUCAAGAACUGAUUCUAGAGGCGGUUGAUCUUCUCUGUGCCUUGAACUAUGGCUUGGAGACUGAAAAUCUGAGAACGCUUUCCCACAAGCUGAACGCAUCUGCCAAAAAUCUUCAAAACUUCAUCACGGGUAGAAGAAGGAGCGGUCAUUAUGACGGACGGGCCUCCCGAAGACUGCCAAAUGAUUUCCUUACCUCCGUCGUGGACUUGAUUGGUGCUGCCAAAAAUUUGCUUGCCUGGUUAGACAGGUCUCCAUUUGUCAGCGUGACAGAAUACUCACUGCUGAAAAAUAAUAUUGUUCAGCUCUGCUUAGAACUCACUACCGUUGUUCAACAGGAUUGCACAGUGUAUGAAACAGAAAAUAAAAUUCUUCAUGUGUGUAAAACGCUGUCUGGUAUCUGUGAUCAUAUCAUCUCUCUUUCAUCAGAUUCUCUGGUGUCUCAGUCAGCUCAUCUUGAAGUUGUUCAUCUUACCAGCAUCAUGCCCAGUGAAGGUUUGGUUGGCUGGCAAUUAAAGAAUCUGGUCAAUGCAUUGCGUGAAGACCCAAACGGCGUGAUCUUAACAUUGAAGAAGAGACCUCAGAAUACCCUCGUUUCUGCUCCGGCACUACUCAAAAAUGUCAGGUGGAAACCUCUUGCUCUCCAGCCUGUGAUUCCAACCAGCCCAACAAGCAGUUUCACCACACCAACCAGCACAAUGGGUAUGAACUCCAAAAUGGACAACUCGACACUGCAAGAUGUGUUCAUCUUCUCCCCCGUGUCCGGACUCUAUGGCCCCAGGGAUGACAUCGGCCUUGUGUCAUGUGAUGAAAUCAGCAAAUACGGGAUUGGGAAGUCUGCCAUGAAAGGUUCUGAAUCUCCAAGCUACUUCUUGGAACAAGAAAGUGGGAAGUAUUACACGUUAAUUGAAGGCGAGGAUCAUCCCAUGAGUUCUGAAUAUGAAAGAGGUAGAGUGACAGGGGUGCGGAGAAGAGAAAAGACACCUAUGCAUGGUGAUCUGAGGCCAGUUUCUAUGUCAACAGAAUACAGCUGGAUAGGAGAUUCAAAAGAGCCAAACAUGUACAAGAGGGGUAGUCGUGAUUCUGAGAACUCGCUCCUACGAUACCUGAGUGAUGACAAGAUCUUAGUCAUCCAAGAAGAACCAUUGACCCAAAAAGAUAACAAGCGUGAUACAGGCCGGCGGUCCAGGAAGAAGGGCAAGAACAGUGGAAGUCCUAACUAUCCUGUUAGCUCCUCCGUGAUGACCUCAUCUACUAAUGUACGGCUUGAACCCGGACAACAGGAUGUCCUAAAUUUCUCCUUAGCAGAAAGCAACACCGUCCCCCUCUAUCACAGAACAGGAGACGCUGCUGGAGAUUCUGAAAGGUAUGUCAGCUCUGUUGCUGAGCGCCAAGGAGGUACAGCUAUGAGAAAGUCAUUUCACUAUGCUUCCCUGAGGGUAAAGAGCAAAAAAUGGCCCAAAGGUGGUUCUCUGAACAACAGUAGCCGACGGCGAAUUUCCUGUAAGGAUUUGGGCCACGGUGACUGUGAGGGUUGGUUAUGGAAGAAGAAGGAUGCCAAAGGUUACUUCACCCAGAAAUGGAAAAAAUACUGGUUUGUCCUGAAGGAUUCUUCCCUCUACUGGUACACUAACCAAAACGAUGAAAAGGCAGAAGGAUUUAUCAGUUUACCUGAGUUCAGAAUAGACAGAGCAAUUGAAUGCAGAAGGAAACAUGCUUUCAAGGCUUGCCACCCCAAAAUCAAGAGCUUCUACUUUGCAACAGAUUGCCUGGAAGAAAUGAACCGAUGGAUGAACCGUCUAGGUCUGGCUGCCAUUGGUUACACACCUGAUGACAAGGAUAUUCGGCCAGAUGAAGCAGAUUAUUGGAGUGAAAGUGACCAGGAAGAUGUUGACAACUCCUUAAUGCUGAAACAAGAAGGACCCAUUGUGCUUUGUGACUCCUACCACCGGACCCCCUCGAUGAAUUCUUCAAGUCCAUUCCCUGAGCCCAAACAUGGCCGUCACUUCUCCAAUGAAUCAACCUAUUCCCAUUCUUCUGCAGAAGAAUCCCGACAGGAUCCAGCAGCAGGGAACACUCACUCUGCAGGAGGUUCUAGACCUCCCUACAGAGAACGGCGUUCAUGGCAGGAUCUUAUAGAGACUCCGUUGACCAGUUCAGGACUCCAUUUUCUCCAGACUGUCCCUACUGAUUCAGACUAUGUGAACGAGAGAUUUGGGGUGUCCCCGGAGAGGCGGCGGCAAGCCACCUUACCUGUCCAGAGACGCCACAACCACGAUCAGGAUGGCCCUUUCCCAUUGGUCGAGUGCUACAAAGGUCACAGUUCUCACUCCAAGCCCCAGAAGCAAAGAAGCCAAAGCCUUCCACGAAAUCGCGAUGUCCGGAUCAAAGGGCGAGUAAAAACGAGUGGGAUCUCUGAAGAGCGAUCGGAAGAGGAAUUGGCCGUUAAAAAGCCAAGUAACUUGUGUGAAGAGGAAAAAGUAGAAGAACGAAGGAAGAGCACCGAUGGUCUUCAUGAACUCUACAAGACUUUGGAACAAGCCAGUUUGUCAGCCUUUGGAGAGCAACGCCCUUCCACCAAGCAGGAAUUCCGGAGGUCCUUCGUAAAGAGAUGCAAUGACCCUGUCAUCAAUGAAAAGUUGCAUCGCAUCAGAGUACUGAAAAGUACUUUAAAAGCCAAGGAAGGAGAUCUGGCCAUGAUCAACAACUUGCUCCACGAACCUAACUUGACGUCCAAGAAAUUCAAGGAAUGGAAAAUAAAGAACUAUGAGUUUUUCCUGGACAUUUGUGAGUACAGCGGUGCUUUGAAAGCCAAGAACGGAGCUUCUGAACUCACCAUUACGGCCUCUCUGCUCUCACACACACAUUCCUUCAUCGAAACCCACGUCUGACCAUGUGAGGGUGGAGAGCAACUGGAGGGGAGGGAGAAACGAUCCCUUUUGUGACAAAACACUGUAACCCAUGUCAAUAAUGUAUCCAGCUAUAUUGUAAAUAGAUUGGAUAAGAAUUUAGUACCAUCGGAUGCCUACUGCAUUGCAUGAUGAGACAGAUUUCUUUAUUUAUUUUUACUCCCCCUUUUCCAGAAUUACUUAGGGUUGUUUUCUAAAUCUGCUUUGGUAAAGAAGCAGCGUAGAAGGAUCAACGGGCAUAAAAUGACACAAAACUGCAGUAUAUUUAUAACACCAGUAUACUUACCCUUAUUUUAAAAAAAAACAAGCAAACAUUGGAGUGCAGUCCACAGGAUUCCUCUUUCUUUUAUAUAUGUAGAUAUACUGCACCUACUCAUAUCUAUGUAUAUAAAAAGGAAUGU